ACCGGCCCGGGUGAGAGUUAGGUUGUAGGGCUCUGGAUUAGUAGCAGAAAUGGUAACCAUAAUGAAAGCAACAUUAGGAUAACAUAUUGUUGUCAGUGAAAGAAGAACCUCUGUACCGGCUGUUCCCGGAGACGAAGCCUGAGACCGCGUCGCAUCCUCCGUGUUCUUGUUGCACUAGGCCCGCCCAUCCUCCACAGCAUCCCAGGCAGCUACAACAGACAACAGACCGCACAUCACACCGGAGGUAGGCUCCUUUGGAAAGCCAGUGUCCAGUCAGCCUGAGGAAGUUUUCAGCAGAUGAGGGGUAAAUAACAAGAAGUUUGACAGCUUUGCUCCAGACAAUGCCCUUCAUUGUGUUAUUGAAUUUACACUAGUGCCACGGAUGCUAUACAAUACACCUGUACUAAAGAACCUCCACCGCCUAUGAUGGACUUCCCAGGUCAUUUCCAGCACAUUUUCAAGCAGCUCAACCACCAGCGCCUCCAUGCUCAGCUGUGUGACUGUGUGGUGGUGGUUGGAGGUCAGAGCUUCCAGGCUCACCGCUCCAUCCUGGCAGCUUCCAGCUCCCACUUCAGGGCUCUCCUGAGCUCCAGUGACAGUGGGGACGAGGUUGGAGUGGAUCCAGGUGGAGGCCCCAGUGUGAUGGAACUAGAUCAAGAGGUGGUGACCCCUGAGGCCUUCUCGACCUUGCUGGACAUGAUUUACACCUCCACCCUCUCUCCUGGUGCCUCCAAUGUGAUGGAUGUACUGCUGGCAGCAUCGCACCUGCACCUCAACACUGUCGUCAAGGCCUGCAAGCUCCACCUGUCCAGGAAAAACUUUCCCGCAUCGCCUCCAAAAGGCUGGAGGUCAUUGCAACAGCAGCAGGCAGAGAAGUCGGCCACAUCUGUCAUGGAGGAGCAGCACAUCAGUGACGAGGAAGUGGGGGUGGAGGUUAGUCAGUCUGGUGGAGUUGAAGACCAGGGAGUGAGGAUGAGGGAACUAUUAUUGAGGAACAAGAGGAAGUCAAACAAUGACGGGCUCAGUGGCAGAAAGAGGUCCUGCAGACUGCCUGAGGGAAACUAUAAUGAGUGUUCACCUAAUGUAAGCACCGUCAGUACAGAGGAGGGUGGAGAGCCGCCGCUGCCCCUAGACUCCCUGAAGAUGAGCGAUGCUCUCUGGGGGAGCCGAGGCGAGGAGGAAGUGGAGGAGAAAUAUGAAGCAACCAAGGGAGAGUCAGAGGAAAUCCAGCUGCCAAGCCAAUCAGACAGCAGCACGAGAGGUGUAGGUGCAUGGGAUAUGGGCGGAGAAACAGAGGGAGAUACUGUGGUCAAAAUACAGAUAGGAGAAGAAGGGGAGGAAGAUGGAGAGAAGCCGAAGAUUACGAUGAUUGAGGUAAAAAAGGAGAGCUCAUACUCCCCAGAUUUACCAGACAAUUGUCCUCUAUCUCCACCACCAGGCUGCACUGACAAUUUGGAUGCACAACUAAAUGAGGAGAAAAUGGCCGCAGCCUGCCCCACUGAGGCUGACGUUAGCUCUCUGCAAUCCCAGCUGUGCACAGAUCUUCAAACUGAUGCUAGAGAUCUGGGUGAGGAGUCAGUGGACGGUGAAGGCCUUGACAGCCUGUCAGAACUCGCUUUUUCCUGCUUCCUCAAUCCCAGCAGUGACAGCGUGAUGGGGGCUUUGGAGGAAGAAGACAGUCUAGCUAGCCUCACUGCUGCUGCUACAGCUGCUGCCUCUGCCUCUUAUGCUGCUGGAGAACUUUGUCAAAACUCAGAGGAAACCUCUCCUGCUCAGACCUCUGAUCCCUCUCUAGUGUUUCCAGUGACGUCUGUCCCCCUGCAGCAGCUUCUCCCAACUCAGGGCCCUGGUUUCAGCGACACACUCAUCCUCCAGCCCACUCAGAACUCUUUAUCAGGGUUCCUGAGUAGCAUCAAUCCAGGCCUCAGUCUGGAAACGUCCCUCAUCCAACCUUCCUGGGCCGGGAAAAGCUCAGGGGCGACAACCUUCCGACGCAUUGCCCCCAAAGUGCCGCCUGGAUCAGAAGCUGAUGGUUCCUCUGGGUCAGCGGGGGAUGCUGCUGAGCGGCCGCCUUUGACCAGAGCUUCUGAGGAUGUUAUGUCCAAGUGCAAGAAAGCAGCUGCUGAAGACCUUGUGAUGUUGGUGGAAGGGGAGAAGAAAUACGCCUGCAAAAUCUGCUGUAAGACCUUCAUGAACCUGACUGACUGUAAGAAACAUAUUCGGGUCCACACUGGAGAAAAGCCCUAUCCAUGUCCAAAGUGUGGCAAGCGCUUCAGCCAGUCCUCCCAUCUGUAUAAGCACUCCAAAAACACCUGCCUGAGCUGGAAGGAUGACCAAUCAUUCCCUGAUACCCUGCUAUCAACUGCUCUUAACUGAAGGGUGUUUUCUGGUUUGCACAACUCAGCCCAAUUCAUAGAAAAAAAUGAACUCUGCAAGGUUGAUUAUUUAUUACCCCAUGAACUUAAAGGUGGGGUAGGUCAUUUUGGAGAAACCAGCUUGAGUGCGCUAGAAUUUGAAAAUACA